AUGACCGAACAUGAUCAUCAUGAAGAAGAGAACAAACAUGCUACUAGUUUACCGACAGGUUCCAUAGAAUUGGAUGAAGUCAUAACAACAAUUUCAACGACAAAUAAUCAAUUGCAACAAACUUCUAAUAACCAUUCCGAAAAUUCAUCAUCAAAUCAUUCUUCAACAACCUCUACAACAACUCGGAAUCACCCUAACCUUCCGGAAAUAAUAAUUCCAAAGAAUGAAGAUAUUAUCGUAGCCAUUUCCAAACAUCAUACCUCUCCAAAUUCUCACCAUAUUCCCAAUAAUAAUACAUCUACAGAUAUUGUCUUUGAGGAUAAUGGUGAAUCCAAUACUAGUUUUAUGAAUACAGAAGAUGAUAUAAUUUCAGAUUCAACACAAGAGGAAAACCUCUAUGAUGAUAUUGUUCUAUCAAAUCCGACCCAACCAAACUCUGCGCGAUCCAAUAGUAACAAUAGUACGGCAACAACAACAAGUAGUAACCAACCCUCUCCUCUUCAACAAUUAAACAUUCAGCCCCAUCAUCAAAUACAGGAUGGUAGAGUUUCUCCCUCUGCAAAUCCCUAUCCGACAAGUUCUAAUUCAUCAAUUAAACAACAACAUUCGGUAAUCACGACUCCAUCUCCUCCUUCGAUUCCUUUUUCAUCAGCUGCUACAAGACACCAUGUAAAUAAUAAUACACCAACAUCAUCACUACACAAACAUACCACCACUACACCAACCGUAAAUAUAUCAAGACAUUAUAGUGGCACCAGUAACAAAUCUGAUAUUAUCAGUAUUGAAUCAUCUUACUCUGAAACUUCGAGUUACAAAGCUAAAAGACAUAGAGAAAGGAAUAUACAAUACCAAACCAAUACUGUAUCUGAAAGGUCAAACAAUUCUCAUAGACAAUCCAAAUUACCUCCCUCUCUCAUUUCUGAUUUUACACCAAAUAGAAACUCUCUAGUAAGGUUUCAAGAAGAUAAUAUCAUUGAUAAUAAUUUACAUCAUCAAAUUUCCAAGAGACUCACAUCCUCUCCAAGGGCUGAAGAUGAUCAAAGAAUGAUUGCAAGCAAUUUCUUCACCAAUGCCUCAGUGCCUAAUCUUUUAUCAAUUGGAAGUAAUAUUUUCUUUUCUGGAAACAAGACCUCUACUGUCACAAGUAAUAAUGUAGACAAGUAUAAGGAUACUACAAAUGUUCUAAGCUUACCAGAUAAUAUUAUGCUGCACAUUUUCUCAUUUGUUGGAAUUCAAUAUGCAGAGGAUAACAAUUACAACAUGCUCUGUAAGAGGUGGUAUGUCUUGUUGUGCUUGGAUUAUUUGUGGAAGGAGAGAUACUUUAAUUUUUUCAAUUCGAGAUCAAUUCAAGCAAAUCCAAUGCUUCUUUCAUAUUCUAAAGAUUUUGAUUUUCCUCAAAGAAGCAAAUUUAGAUAUAAUUUAAUCUUAUUGAGAAAGAAGAAGCACCUCCUCAAGCAACGUCUUCUAUCUCAAAACAGACACGAAAAAUCAAGAAGAUACUUCCUAUUCAACUCAUUUGUAUUGAAUCCAUUAGUUGCAAUAAUAUGUUUCAUGAUUUCCACUGUAGUGUUUGGCCUACAAGAGGAUGGUGUAAUUCCAAAGAAUGAUAGAAAUACUUUACUCUUUGUUUUUUUGCCUUUCUUCACAUCAUUCCUGUUUUCCAUUGUUGGAAAUGUUUCACUUGGUUUGAGAGAGACCAUUUUCUGCAAGAAUGGAUUUUAUGACAUUUCUCACUUUAUCCAUUUUCUUGUUAUUGUACUCGGACAGUACACAUUCUAUUUUUGCUCUUUACUGUUUGGUUUAAAGUGGUUUUGGUUUAAAACCUCUUUAUGGACUUCCUUCUCCAUUCCAUGCCUUUGUAUCUAUAUCAUGUUUGUUGGAUUUUGCUUUGCAUAUAUUUUGCAUAAGUAUGUCAAAAGAAGAAUUCAAUUCCAAGAUAUGAGAAAGGAUAGACCCAACCUGAGUGUAAAUAGUCCUGAAUACUUUUAUUUUGCUUAUAGACUGAGAUCUCAUAAGAGAAGAGAAUUCUACUCAAAAGCCAAAUAUAUUGCACAACCAUACGAUGAUGAUUUUAUAGAGUUGAGUGAAGAUGAAGAUAUGGGAAAUGAUACAGAUGAGGAUCUUGAGGAUACUUUUGAUGACUCUACUGCAUUUGAUGAUGAAACUGAAACAACAUCAAGAAAAACUGAUGAAAUGGUUUCAACACCAAAGACCAGGGAAAGAAAGAAAGAGACAGCCAAGCUUUCUGUCUUUAAAGAGUUUGAUAAUCAAAUGCAUAUUCAAGAUAUUACUGACAUAUCCACACUUACCAUUAUUGUAUUUAUAUUUCUCAUACUAUUUAUGGUAGGAUUGGAGAUGAUUCUGGUACCCCUCAAAAUUGAUGGGAUUAUUGUAUCUUCUUGGAGUUCUGUGUUUGUACCUCUAUGGAUAGUAAUGUUCAUUCUUUUAUGUGGAUUGCCGUCGUGGAUAACAUGGGAAAUUUGCACCAAAACCAAUUUAGACAAGAAAACAAUAAGCACUUCAGUGGAUGUCAUUACUGAAGAAUUUUCAAAGGCAACCACCAAAAAUAAGAAUGACCCAGAAAGAUACCAACGAGCAUAUUAUUCGUUUGUUGCAUGUCCAUGGUGUUUUACCAUUCCAUUGUUUGUUGCUUUGGUUGUUCUUGCAGCCACUCUUGAUGGAGCCAACAUUCCAUAUGUUGUUUCCUGUGCAUUAUUUGCAUUUUGUGAGUUUGUAAUUGGUGGCCUUUACUUGAUGAUUGUUAUACCUUAUACUCUAGCACACAACGUUUGGGAUGUUUGAGAUUCUUUAUUUGCCAAAUCCAAAUGAAAUUCAAAAUAUCCUCCGUCAAAAUAAAUUUAAAAAUGACAAGUGAAUCUCAAUUUAAGUAAGAGAGAAUAAAGGGAUUGAAAUCAU